GUUUAUAUACGUUCGUCAAUAGCAAGAGAAUUUGAGCGAAUUUAGUGUUAAAGCUGUAGAUAUAAACAAAAGCUGAGAUAAGUGUCUUCCUGGGAAAGAGACAUGUCUACAGUGGCUCGUCCCAAAUUGAACAAGAUUCCUGGUGGAUCCUUGCCCGUAGCUAAAAAGGAUAAUUACGUCGAAGAUUUAUGCACCAUGACCAAUUUACAGCUGCGGGAAAUUAAAGAACGUGAAGAGAGACUUUUGGCCAAUAGGAAACAGUUGGAAAAACUACCAGAUAAAGGAAGACGUAUUCAAACUUUCUACGAUAAGCUGAUCAAAGAGUUGGAUCGAAGAGCUAAUGUUGAUCAGGCAGCGAAAUUAUUCUCUCAAUUAAAUAUUGUUAAGGAAGGAGAACAGGUCAUAAAUAGUCUGGAGUGGGGCAGCGAUGGUUAUGAUCAUUUAGAUGAUGUUUUGGAUAGUGAUGAUGAGCAUGAAAUGGAUCCUUUACGUAUCUUGGCUCAAAAGCAAAUGCACGAGCCGCGACUUAAAGUACUAAAGCCUGAGAUUAAGUUGAUCAAAGAACAAGAUUUAAAAGAAAUCGGAUCGUGCGAAUCAAGCGGUAAUUCAGUAUGGAAUUCAUUGCAUGAUACGAAAGUAAUAAAUGCUGAUAUUGUGGCCAUUGAUGUUGGGGACAGAUUGGGUGAUUUAAAACCGAAAUUAGAAGCUUUAAAUAGUUCUCAAAGAAGACGUUGUAUAUCAAAGCAAAACGUAGAAACUGAGCCGCAUGUUAAUUAUUUGCUAGAAAAAACGGAGCUUAAAGACCAGUGUGUUAAAAAAGAUAAAUUUAAACCCUAUCAAACAACGGUAUCAAACGUUCACGAUCCUCAAAAAGAAAAAAUGCGAAAAAAAGGGAAACACUGGGAGAUUACUGCUGCCACACCGCCGCCCAUACAAACUAAUGGCACCCAAAUGUUAAGCUUGCUUGAUUCGAUAGAACUUCAAAUGCGGCACCUGCAAAAACUUAAGGAAUUACAGGAAAAACAAGCCACUGAUCGUUUAAAGAUUCAAUCGUCAUGCUUGUCGAAAGGAAAAAUUACAUUGCCCAACGAAGCUUUAAGGUCACGCCCUUGCUUUACAAAUUACCGCCAGCCUGACAGAGGGCGGAGUGAAACAAAUUGAUAUCACUUGGAUUAUUGUUCAAUAAAAAUCUGCUAAAAGGGAAAGUACUGUUGAAUCCUGGCGUGAGCAAAAUGAAGACGAUAUAAAAACGAGAGCAGCCGCCACAGAACUGAAAUGCACUUCCUUCUGAUGUGCGUUCAUGAAGCAUUGCUCCACCGCGGCAGAAUCGUUUAUAUCCCCUCACCCAUCAUAUACCGCCAUGACGUCCGUGGUAUUUAUUUGUUACAACAACCCCCAAAUAAUAAUAAGUUAUUAUAUUGAUAAAAA